GAACCCCGCUCGCCAAGCUUUGAGCAUAGAUCGAUUCUUUCAAGCGAAAUUCAUGCAAUACAAACUAAUCAAUUAAGGCUUGCUUGUUACCUAUUGUCAAUAGUCAAAGGACAAGAGUCAGGACCACAAGACCACGCUAUCCCAUUUUCGGACCCCGCCAGACUGUGCCUAGUGGAUAUAGUAUAUGACCAUAGCUUCCUACCAGUCAACUAUCCCCAUCCCCUCUCUCUUCCGCAAUUAAACAUGGACGCAAAGCCAGAAGAUAGCUUCGCAUUCAAUAUCACCCGCGAGCUGGAGCACACGCCGUAUGCAUGUUCGUCCCUCGCGCGCCUAAGCGGAGGAACCGUCAAUUUUGUCUUCCGAGGACUGCUGUCCCGACCCCUUGAGGAUGGCACAAAAAGCGUCAUCAUCAAGCACGCAGAAGGUUAUACAGCUACGAAUCGGAACUUCAAACUGACUGCUGAGCGCUGUCUCUUUGAGGAGGCCAGCUUGAAGGCCCUCGAUGGGCUCCCCAGCACAGUGACCCUGAAGGGGAAGUCUGAAAGCCGAGUCAUCACAGUCAAGCCUCCUCGACUCCUCACCUAUAAUCCCGACACCAACACCGCCGUCCUAGAGGAUCUCCCCGAUUCCCUGGAUCUGAAGACAUUCUGCAUCUCCUCAGCUGCGUCGACGAUCAUCUCCCAGGAAUGGGCCGUUUCGGUUGGAAAGGCGCUGGGCACCUGGCUGUGGGCAUUCCAUCGAUGGACCGACGAGACGGAUCAGGCGAACGUGGUGGCGGAACUGGAAAAGAAUCGCACGAUGCGGGACUUGAAACUCUCCGUCAACUACGGCAGUCUCGCGGAGAGAAUCGAUCAGUAUCCCGCUCUGCUGGGCGAAGCCCGCGAGGUAUUCGAGAAGGUGCGGGUAGCGGCGGCCGCUGAGUUGGAAAAGAAGGGUGGACUCGGAUAUGGAAUCAUCCAUGGGGACUUCUGGUCGGGAAAUGUUUUGGUUCCCAUAUCGGCACUAGACUUGAGCCCUCAGACCUCGCUCUUCAUUGUGGACUGGGAGCUCUGUCAUUUCGGCCCUCGGGCGUGGGAUCUGGGCCAGAUGCUCGCCGAAUUGUAUAUGUUGAAGCAUUACAGAGGCAUCGAUGCUGGGCCGUGGAUGAUUGAAGGCUUUCUCGGGGGAUACCAAGUGCCAGAUGAGGCAUUCGCCUUCUGGGUCCUGAUUCACGUCGGUGUUCAUUUUAUCGCAUUCGGUUCUAUGAUUCGGGGCUGGGGGGCUCCGGAACAGGUUGCGGACCUCGUCCAUUUGGGCAGAAAUCUGAUUGUGAAGGCAUGGGAAAAGGACCGGGAGUGGUUCAGUGGGGUAUGGAAGCAUCUAUUCAAGGACUUGUAGACAAGACAUGGUCUAGAGCUCUCCACCGUUCAGUUGGUACCACUAUCCAAAUGUCCUGAGCAUCGGUUGUAUCACCCCAAUACCCUGCAGGGGACAGGAUACCAUUGGUCCACGUCCACCCCCCUUACUGCUGGCUUUUGAUUGACGCCGUCAAAAGGGGCCAUCCACAUUCUCCGAUGUCAUCCUAGCUGGGUUAGGAUCGUGGUCUACUUUCGGGGAACUGCAGCUAGUAUAUUUGGCAAACAACGUGAUGGUGCGACCGUCUAAGCCUUGUAUGACCUCGGUCGAGUAUUGAGCCUGAAUUCCACCGACGCAGGUUGUAAGCGACCUUAUUAUUCAAUGGUAAUUUAACAUAGCAUGCAGCACGAAAACACAGUCAGAUCC